AUGAUAAAGAAAUCAUGGAAAGAAAGAAUCACAAAAUGGACAUUCAUCAAUCAACGUAUUAUAACUGAUGAAAUGACAUUAUUUGCUAGGGAAGUUGUGAUUAUUGGCAUAUAUGCACCCACGAACGACACAAAAGAUAAGGAGAAAGAUACAUUCUGGGCUACCCUCAGGGAGACUAUUGAAAAAAUCCCAAGAAGAAAAGAGCUGAUUAUCAUGGGAGAUCUGAAUGGAAGGGUAGCAAUUAGAGAAUCCUGUAGAAUAGUAGGAAAACAUGGAGAGGAGGAAUAUAAUGACAAUGGGGAACGAUUGAUUGCAAUUUGUAAACAAUUCGACCUAAAAAUUACCAACACAUUUUUCAAACAUAAGGACAUCAAUAAAUAUACUUGGCAACAGAACACUAAAGAACUUCGUUCUAUAAUAGAUUAUAUUAUCAUUAGGCAAACAAGUAGUUUCAAGGCAGUAGACGUCAGAUCUUAUAGAGGAGCCCAGUGUGGAUCAGACCACUAUCUAGUAAAAAUGAAGUCUUUUGGGCCAUGGAAGACUGCAAGGAAUGAUACAAGUAACAUAAAUAAAACGAACCAGACUGAGAAAGAUGAAAAUUUACCUUUUAAUAUUGACAGCCUACAAGACGAAAGUAUCAGAACACUCUUUGUGGGCAGGAUGGAAAGGAAACUGGUUGAACCAUUUGAAGGAGGUACAUAG